GCGACGCCCCGGGACCAGGCCAUGGGAAGCACGAUUGGGACCGACUCGAUCGUCCCGGACGCAGACGGCAUCGACUCGGCGGUGGAGAGCGGCUUUUCGCCGAACAGCAGCAGCGCGCCGUCGCGCCGCAGCGGCAACAGCAAUGCGCUGAGCGGGAACGAGUAUGCGCGCGGGUCGUGGGAGGCGGAGGAGAGGCGAUCCUGA